CAAUAAUUAAUUAACACUACUCGUUAUAUAAAUGUGUUUUAAUAAUAUGUAUAGUUUAUUGUUUUCCCUGCUCAUAUGUUUUCUGGUUGCAGAAACGACGCCAUUUUCAAUUACAAUAACAAUCGACACGGAUCAAAAUGAAACUGUGAAACCAGUAGAAAAAAGCUUAAAUGAUACGAAAAAUUCAAGUUUAUCAGCAUGCGGUCCAUACGAAAUACCGGACUUUUCGUCAGUUGCACCACUUAUCAGCGAACAGAAAUGCAUGGAAUACGUAUACCAAAUGUUGAAAAGACAGGAAAGGGACCUGCUACGUUGCUCAGAUGUUAGCAUUAUACAUGGAAAAACAACGAAACCUGCGGAGUACCCACACAUGGGUGCCUUGGGGUGGCUGAACUAUGCAACAGGGGAUUUUGAUUUUCUGUGCGGUGCGUCUUUGAUAAGCGAAAAAUUUAUGCUGACAGCAGCGCACUGUACCAUUCAGUCGUCGAAGCGAGGUUUUUCAAAAAGACCGACUAUAGCAAGGCUUGGUACCAGGUAUCUUGAGGGAUCUCCAAUGGAAACAGCUGAAAACAUAGGAAUUUGGAAUCUGAUAGCCCACCCUGACUUUAAUCCCGAACAUCACUACUAUGAUAUAGCUUUAGUCGAAUUAGAACGAGAAGUCAUAUUUUCUAAAUACAUUCAGCCUGCCUGUUUAUCAACCAGGGAAUAUGAUAUAUCCAGCAACAAACGGUUAACAGUUACAGGAUGGGGACAAAACGCACCAAAGAGACCUAAAAAUUCUAACCAGCUGCGUUAUGCAGAUAUUAACAUCUAUCCCGAAAACGAAUGUAACAAAUUUUUAAAUAAAUAUGAUUUAUACAUGUUAUCUCAUCAAAUGUGUGCGGGCGAUAAGGAUGGCUUUAUGGAUACUUGCCAGGGUGAUUCUGGUGGUCCAUUGCAAUACGAACUUGCCAAUACAACGCUGGAAGGCACUAUCCAUAGAAUAUUGUCAGUCACAUCGUUUGGCUUAACCGCAUGUGCUACGAUGAACGCGCCCGGAAUUUACACGAAAGUAUCUAAUUUUAUAGGUUGGAUUGAAUGUAAUGUUUGGAAACAAGAAAACAGGUGGUGUUAAUACGAGACCGAAUGUGUUAGCCAUUCAUCGUUAUUCAUUCUUUGGCUAGUAAGCUGAGGAUGGCCAGACUGCUGGGCAAAAAUCUCCUCACGUUCAUCAUUUUUUAUUUCAACAUUUAUUUUCUUGUUUUGAACGUUUAAUCGUGGUCACUUAAUUGUUUUUUUACAUUACAAGUCACCGUAAUAGUAACUCCCUAAAAACACCAGCAGUUGACGUCCAUUAAUUGGUAUGAUUAAUAUUAUGAAAGUAAAAUAUGCCUAAG